AUGAAUUCUGUCUACUCACUUACAUCAUCACAUGAUGAACCCGACGUGAACAACUUAGAAUUACAAGAUAUGAGAAUUGGCGAUGAAAACAGUUCAACAAUAUCUAAAAUGAAAUAUGAACAAGAUCAGUUAUCUCAACAAUCAAUUGGUGGUGGUAGUCGUCGAUCACUUCAACGAAUUAGUUUUCCUGUGGCUCGCUACAAUCACCGACAAUUGCCAUUAAGAGAUUCAUUCAUUAGUUUUAUGCCAUGGACUUCAAUUUUUGCUGACCGACGUAGCCGACAUACAUUUAUCUAUUCGAAAAGUAGUGUAUAUGUAUUUCCUCCAUUGAUCAACAGAUAUGGAAAACGUUUUUCGAUCGCUGAACUAAUUGCAGCUGGUCAUGUUAGUUUUUAUAGUAAUGGCAAGCGACCAAGUGAAAAUAUUGAUAUAAUUUCGAUUUAUCAAACAUCUCCUUUGAGUGGCUCGCGAAUACCAAAAAUUAAUCCACGUACAGGUGAAUUUACAGGUGGUAUGCACACAAAUUAUGGUUCGUUUUCGUCGUCUAAAUAUGAAGAGAAAGAGGUCAACAUCGCUCAUAAUUCUGAAUCAGAAGAAGACAAAGACGAAGAAGAAGAAAAAGAAAAAGAAGAAAAUACUAAACAUUAUUCUUCUAUGGAUUCAUACAAUAGUGAUGAACGACCACAGGCACCAUCACGCUCACGAUCACGACCUCGAUAUCGACGUCCAUCACGACGUACAGGUAAUUCGUAUUGGGUGGCCUUAAUAACUGUAGGUACUCCUGGGCAACCAUUCUAUGUUCUUCCUGAUACAGGAUCAUCUGAUUUUUGGGUACCAGGCGUAACAUGCGGAAAUUUAUGUGGAGGCACUCAUGUAUUUAAUCCUAAUGCAUCAUCAACAUAUGUACCAUGGGAUAAAGACUUCUUUCUUUUCUAUGUCAAUGGAGCUUCUAUUAAUGGAACGUUUGCAAAUGAUACAGUUGAUAUUGGUGGUAUAUCUAUUUCUCAUCAACCUUUUGCCAUUGUUAAUUCAGCUAUUGGUGUCGCAGGAGUGGAAUUCGACGGAAUAUUAGGUAUGGCUUUUCCAGCAGCUGCAGUAGGCGGUGAAAAUCCAGUUAUAUAUUCAAUGUAUCUGGCUGGUAAAUUAAAACUUCCUAUAUUUACCUUUUGGUUUGAACCAGUACCAACUGGUUCCGAUACAGGCGAGUUAAUCUUAGGUAGUUACGAUACAACGAAAUUCGUCGGUUGUUUUACAUAUGUGCCAGUUAAUAUACAGCGACACUGGCAAUUUAUUGCCGACAGUAUUAGCUUGUCAGUUGGAUCAAAUACAACUACCAUUGCCACAUCAUUUCGUGCCGCUUUUGAUACUGGCUAUUCGAUAGCCUUUGUAGGUCCUGUAGUUUAUGUGAAUACCAUUUAUGAAAUGUUAGAAGCAGUAUUUGAUCCAACCUUUGGAUUGUAUGCUAUUGAUUGUCAUACAAAACCACUAUCAACAUUUCCAAAUAUCUCAUUAACAAUUAGUGGCGUUCCAUUCGUACUAACACCACCAAUGUACACGUUAAUUUUUGGUAAUUCUUCUUCCUACAUGUGUUAUGUUUUAAUACAAGCAAUUGAUGUUCCUGAUGACGAUACUGAUAUUUGGAUUUUUGGUACUUUCUUUAUGAAUCGUUUUUAUACUAUAUUUGAUAUGCAAAAGAAUCGUAUUGGAAUAGCUCGUUCGUCACUAUAUUCAGUUAUUCAGACAGAGCCCAUUACAUUACCUACCAACCAAUAA